AUGGAGAAAAUUAAACCAAAUGAAAAUGGUGAACGUGAAAAAUCAGAGUUUCUGCAUAUGAAUGAAAGAACUGUAUUUGAUAUUGAUAAAUUUGAUAUGGGAGAGCUCUCACCACCAAGUCCACCAACAAUUUCUAAAUCAUUUUUGGAAGAAUUAAAAAGGAAAAAAGAUUCAAAAGAUAAAAGUCUUUGUCUUAGAGCUGAAGAGUGGCUUAAUGGAAGCUGCAGUUUUGGUCCAGUUGACUAUUUGGUGGACUGGAAUCCUAAAGUAGAAAUAUCUGGCCCUCAUUUUUCUGAGCUUGAUGAUGAAAUGAAAAUGAAACAAAUCACUAAUUAUAUUACAUCUAUCCUGCAAAUGCAAGUUAAUGGUCUGGAAACAACUAAAAACACAAAAGGAAGUGGUUAA